AUGUUUAGAUCACUAAUAAGAACCUCAUUUAUACAGCCGAACUCAAUUAUACAUUGCACCAAACCAUUAACCAAACCAGCAUAUCAAAUCACCUAUAAAUUCUUUUCACAAUCAUCCACAAAUUAUAAAACAAAUACAUCAACCCGAACUAAAGAAAAUGUACAUGACUUAAAAACAUUCCUAGAAUUAAUAGGACGUAACUGUGUGGAACAUCUUGAUGCAUUCGAAGGAGAUUUGAACAAAUUCAUAGAGACUCCAAGCAAGAAAAUGAAAGAAAUAGGAAUUGAUACAAGAACAAGAAGAUAUCUUUUAAGAUGGAAACAUAAAUUUGUAAAUAAUUUAGAACCUUUAAGGGAACAUAAAAGAGGCAAGAAAAAGAAUGGAGGAGAAAGAAAAGCUAAAACCGUCAUUGCUAAAAGAAAAGCGUUACAAAGAUUGGAAGAUAAAGAAAAAUUCAGUCAGGAAGAAAUGGAUGCAGAAAACAGAGGUGAAAGAUUGUUUUAA